CUUAAUAAUAUAAUAUUAAGCAAACUAUUGGACAAUUAAGUUGUUGAACUUGAAGUGCUGAACUUUUUCAAGCAGGAAACCCUGCUCAUGAUGUUCAGACUGGAAUGGGAUUUACUCUGCAGUAUCUGCUGUCUUACUGUCAUUUUCUAGAUUUAGAGGCUCUUUCUGGGACUUUACUAGGGCCUUUGCAGUAUUUACAGUUACCUGAAGUACCUGGAGAUUUUGGAAGGAAUUAUAAGUUGAAAUGUCAUGGACUUGUUUGCUUGGCAAAACUAAUAGCAUUUGGAGUCAUACUACUUGUAAUCUGACAUUUACUUCUACAUUGGUUGUGAAGGAAGAUGUUUUGCUGAGCUUACUUAAGGAGAAUACUUGUGUCCAGCUGUUAACUAACAAACUUUUUAAUUUUUAUCAUUUUAAUUGGCAUGAAAUAAUGCCUUAAUGUCCAAGCCAAGAAUUGUUACACUUAUCAUCAAUGUUGAUGUCUUCAAAGCAAAUGAAGAACAAGGUCAUCGAUACAGUUGGGUUUUAGCCCAUAACAGGAAAGAUAACUUCUUAAAACAGUUUCAACCUAAUACUCCACAUGACAGUUUAUGUUCAAGUGUAAAGUGAAAAUGUCAUUAUCAUCCCAGGAAGAUUCACAGCCAGUUGGUCCUGGAGCAUGCAAGAGUGGAGGAGUUAUGAUACUAGGACAGGAACUAAAAUUAACUGUUGAGGACUAUCAAGAAAAUAAACUCUCCGAAACCUCCAAAGAGGAACAUGCCAAAGAUUUUCAAAAACCUGACUUUGAAGUUAUUAUAUAUAGCCCAUCCCCACUUGAUGAGCUUAAGGGGUUCCAGGAACUUAAGGAAUGUCCUUCGCCUGUAGACUGGAGUAUUUUCUUUGAGCAAAUGACUAGUGAUUGCAGCGUACCUGAUGCAAAUGUGGAACUGAAGAAUGAUAAUGGAUAUCAUCCAUGUGAAUUUGAUGAAAACCAUAAAUUUUAUACUGAAGAAGAAUGUGUAUCUUCACCAUUUCUUAAAGAUAAUACCUGUAUGGGAAAUACUGUUCAUGAAAAUGCAUUUUCUACAAAAAAUGUUGCAAGAAGUAAAGUAAAUAAGAACAUAUUUCCUUAUGAGCAAACCACUGUAACAAUAGAUGAUUGCAAAGGUGAUUUUUCCUGUAAUGAAUCUGACAGUGUUUAUAGUAACCAUGUAAAGGAGACCGUGCAAGAGGUGCCAGCUGUUGUCAAAAAUGCAUAUUCUAAGUUUUCUAAACGAAGUGUGCUUCAUGAAUGUGAUGAAUUAGCAUCUCUUUACAGAAGGAAUAAAAUUAAAUUAGCAGGUCAAUCAGCAGAUGCAGAAACUGGAAAAUCUUGGCUUAAGACAAUACAGGAUGAUGUUAAAGGUCUUGAAAAAGGUAUGGAUAGUACCAGUAGCAACAAGAAGAUUAGUUACAUCAGUUCACUGCUUGAUGACUGUGAUGACUCAUCAAGUGUAUCUAAUCACCAUCAAUAUGAUGAUGUGAAUGUUGGUGAAAAAAUGACAGUGAAUUGUGAAUUAGAUUGUACAGCUGACAGUUGUAAUAGUAAAUCUCUAUUAGAUAAUUCCACACAAAUGAGUAACUGUUCAGAAACAAACAGUGAUGCUGGAGACUCAAAUACAACCAGUUUUUCACAAAAACAAAAUUGUGACAAUACAGACAAAGAUUUCCAGAGAAGAGAAUUAGUAAAUGGCAGUGAAAAAGAAGAUGAAACAAAUUUCCAAACCAUACUCAACUACUCUCAAGGGGAGAAAAAUGAUACAUAUGUUACAUUAUUAGAAAAGUUGAAUAAUAACAUAGAUGUCAUUGUACCUGAAACAACUGAAAGAAGUGAAAUGUUUCAUUGUGAGCCACCUGAAACCAACAGUAAAGCUACUCUUUUAGUUAGACAGAAGUGUUUAUAUUUUAGAAAUAAUGAGAUUGAAGAAAGAAAUAGUAAUAACCAGCUGUCUAAAAAUACUAGUUUGACUUCCAAAAGAUUUCUAAUUAGUUCUUCUCAAGAUAAUCAAAUUCCUGUGAAAAAGGUAAAGAUAGAAGAAAACAUUGAAGAUACUAUUACAAUAAGAGUUCAAGAUCAUUGUGAUAUAGAUAGCAGCUCUAUUACUGAUGAUGUAAAAACAAAACAUCAGCCAUUAAACAAACAAUUUCAAGACUGUGGUAUUGAGGUGUGUAAAACAACUCUUGAAGCCCAGUGUAUUGAUGGAAACGAGGAGUUUGGUAUGUAUGGUUGUCAAAACAUUCUUCAAGCACAAACUACUGACAAAAUUAAGAACUCUGUUGCAAAUAUAUGUCAAAAAAACUCUCAGGAUCAGAUUAUAGACACUGAUAUGCAAGAAUGUAAUAUAGAAAUCCCAGUAACUAAUUUUGAAGCCCAAACUACUGAUGAAAUUAAGAACUCUGUUGCAAAUAUAUGUCCAACAAACUCUCAGGAUCAGAUUAUAGAUACUGAUAUGCAAGAAUGUAAUGUAGAAAUCACAGUAACUAAUUUUGAAACACAGUCUUGUGAUCAGACCAACAACUAUGAUAAACUGAAAUGCAGUAUGGAUGUUUCUCACACAUGUCACCCAGUACAGUUUAUGUACCACACCAAAUACUGUAAUGGUUGUGAUGCCAAUACAUAUAAGACAAAACUCCAAAUUCAGUGUACUGACCACAACAAUGAACUAGAAUGUGGUGUAGUCAUUUCAAAGAAAGAUCUUCCGACUCAGUUUAUUGAAAAAACAAAUGAUUCUAGAGCACAAGAUAAUGAUGAAGAUGUCUUAACAUUUCACAACAAAUUAAUUGACUUAACAAAAACCACUAACAAAAACAACUGCACUGUAGAAGGCUCUGAGAAGACAGUAUCCCAAUUUCAACUUAAUGACCAGAAUAUAAACAUUUUUACACAAGAAUGUAUUGUUGGUUUUUGCCAAUCUCAGCUGAUGCAACAAAAUGAAGAACAAGAAUAUAAUAAAGGGAUUUCACAUACAUUUACUGACCACACAAAUGUAUGUGAUAAGCAGCAAUGUAGCUUACAGGCCUCACAAAACUUAUUUAAUAUUCAAACCCUUGCUUAUGAUGUAUCAGAAGGUGGUGUGGAAGUUUCACACUCCCAAUUUUGUGAUCAGAUAACAAAUUCUGAUACACUGAGAUGUUAUGAGAGAGCAUGUCAAACAGUUUUUCAAGCUCAGUUGGAUAACCAGCAAAACAGUACUAAUACAAUGGGAUUUAUUGUAGAUGUUUCUCAGACAACACUUCAUGUGCAGCCGACUGACAAGCCAAAUAAUACUGAUACACUGGAAAGUGUUGUAGAUAUUUCUCAGACAACUCUCCAGAGCCAAUUGCCUGAUCAGUCAAAUAAUUCCAUUACACUAGAAUGUCUUGCUGAACCUAAUGCCAGUGACAUUGGUGUUUUUCGUACAGUUAACAUAACCCAGACGACUGACAAAAAAAAUAGGUAUAAUACUCAGAAAAGUGACCUAGAUGCUUGUCAAAUUGUUCAAAAAAUGCAGAAAACUGACCAAUUACUUAAGUCUAAUACUCUGAAAGGUGGCAAUGUUUGUCAGACAGUUCUCCAAAGCCAGCUGAUUGAGCAGCCAAACAUUUCUGAUAUAUUUGAAUCUGAUUUAAACACUUUUCAGGCAGCUCUUCAAAACCAUUUGACCUGCCAGCCAAAUAAGAUGUUUGAAUGUGAUAUAGGUAAGUAUGAAAAAACUUGUUUGAUUCAGCUGAUGGAUCAGAACAGUGAUUAUAAUACUCUGGAUGGUGAUGUGCAUGCUUGUCCAACAAUAUUCCAGAAUCAACUGAAUUACCAGCCAAAUAAUUCUGAUUCACUGGAAUGUUAUGUAAAUACUUAUGAAACAAGUCUUCAAACUGACUUAAGUGAUAAGCCAAAAAAUUCUAAUAAACUGGAAUGUAGUAGUAAAUUAAUCACCAUUGUUACUGAUGUUUGUAAUACAGUUCACAAAACACAAAUGGAUUACCAAACAUAUAAGCCUAAUGCUCUGAAAAAUGGUCUAUAUAUUUAUCAGACAGUUCACAAAACUCAGAUGACUGAUCAAAUAAAUAAGUUUAAUGCUCUAAAAAGUGACGAUAUUUGUCCGACAGAUGUCGAAAGCCAGUUGAUUGACCAGCUGCGCAUUUCUAAUACAUAUGAAUGUGAUGUAGACACAAGCCAAACAGUUUUUCAAAACCAGUUGACCUACCAGUCAAAUUACUGCAAUAUUCUGAAAGGUGAUGUGAAUGUUUGCUCAACAUCUCUCAAAAACCAGCUGAACUGCCAGCCAAAUAAGUCUGAUACAUUGAAGUGUGAUAUUAAUGUUUUCGAAACUCAGAUGACUGAUCAACAAAAUAAUUUUGAUACUUCAAAAUAUGAUAUUGAAGUCAGCCAAAUGAAACACCAAUAUCAUUUGAUUGACCACCAAGAUAUACCUCAUACAAUAGAAAGUAAUGUUGGUGACUGUCAGAUACUCCUUAAAACCCAGUUUACUGAUGAGCAAAAUGAUGCUGGUAUAUUAGGAUGUGAUGUAGAUGUUUGUCAUACAACUUUGAAAACUAAUUUGACUGAUCAUAUCUCCAAUUCUGAUUUACAGAUUUCACAUUCAACUAAAUAUUACUGUGGAAGUAAUACUGGUUUGAUGCAGACACAACCUACAGUUCAUUACAAGGGAUGUGGUAUACAUGUUUGUAAAAUGAAUUUCCUUGCAUUGAGUACUGACCCAUUUACUAACAGUGAUAUAAAGAAAUUUAGUGCAGGUAUAUAUCAGAAUUUGAGAAAUGUACAGUCUAAUAAUGAAAACAAGAACCUUGAAGUACAGACUUACCAGACAAGUAUUUCCACUGAUCAUGAAAAUACAAAGUUUGAUAACACUGAAGAUUGGGACCAGUCUAAAAACUCUGAUGCAGCUUUUCCUAAGAAGGCUUUGUAUGCCCUUCACGCAGUUGACCAGCCCUCAUUAUUUAUGCCACAUAAAAAAUCCCUGAGAGACAAGAAUAUCCAGACUGUUCUUCAUGGUUUUCAUCUUAUGGACAGUGGUCAGCUGUCUACUGCUAAUGACCAAUUUGUCCCACAAUCAGAAGAAUACGUUCAAAAGUCUGAUGAUGACUUAUCUAAAACUUUAUAUGAAAAGGCAUUCAACUGGACUUCCAGUUCACUUGUUUCCCACUCACUCGCCAAUCAGUCAGAGCCAGAAGAAGUUCGUAGCAGACCAUUAAGGGUUGGCUUGUCACGUAGGCAAAAAGUCAAACCUCUUCAUCCAUAUUUUAUUGAAAAAGCUGCUUAGCACAUGUACUGAGAAACUGUAGUCAAGUCAUAAGUAAACAUUCAUACAAUAUCAGAGAUUUGUUAUUUUUGUACCUAAGAUAUGCAAAGUAUAUGCAAUUGGUACAUUUUCAGUGUUUUAGUACUUAA